UUUCUAUAUUUGAGUUGAUAUAUAUCUAUAUCUAUAUAUAUAGAUAUAUAAAAACCCAUAUAUAGAAAAAAAAUUGUAAAAAAUGAGCAAAGCUGCUUUAAUUUCAAUUUCUGUUAAAGAAUUUCUUCAUUUAACAAUGAAGACUUAUGCCUUGAAUCAGAACAAAGACAAUCUGUGAGGCUGCUCCUACCCACAGUGAGAGAAAUUAUAAAUUUGUGGGUGCAGGAACUGAAUUCAGUGCCAGUCGUUGAGUUGUUUUUAGUAUUGUGAAAACAAGCCAUCAUAACUUAAUUUAACAGAAAUCAUUUUUCACUGUGUCUUUUAUCUUUAGCUGUAAAAGAAAAGAGUCAAUGGUGAAUUUAACCUUCUAACAAUGCAUCCUGGGAAUACUGCUGAUGUGCUAAUAUGGGCUCCUUAAACUCAAUUUAAUGAGUUGAUUGAACCCUCAUCUGUUCAUUCAUUCAACUCAUUUUAAGUCAAAAUGCUUCAAGCUAUAGGAACCUAAGAUGGUCUGAAAAUCAAAAAAGUUUGACAUUACAACUGCACAAUAUAUCUUUCCAUUGAAUAAACUAAAUGAGUUGAUUUGACUAAGUGUCUUUAGAAUGUUUUACAGUGUGCAUUGUGCUGUAAUACCCUGCAGACUUUUCUAGUUUUGAUAUGAUUUGUGCUCUUCAUGUGAGCAUCUGCCAUCUAAUUGGUGAUCUUAUAGUUAACUGCCAAAAACUAAAGAUAAAAAAGAUGCAACUACCGGUAAUCAAAACAAAUGUUGCUGUUGUGUAAUAAGGUACCUCUCACCUUAUUACUGUGUGUGCAUUCACUGACAGUGACACAACUCUAAUCAUUUUAUGAGCUCCUCCUCAUCGUUAAUAGUCUUGGGAGUAUAAACAAUUGCAGGAAGGAGGGGCACCAGAGAGAAAAAAAUGUGGAUGUGCGUAUGUCCUUUAUGCAUCAUCUUAAGCGUGUCUUACAUAUAAUAACCGUCCGUCCAUCAGACCUGCUAGUGCUGGCUGUGGUCCACCAGUGGAACAAGUGUUUAGGCAAAGACUUCCAGGGUCAUCAUGUCAGGGGACGAGACCAAGAGUGAGGUUUUCUCAGUAACCGAAAUAGGCGAUGUGGCAGCAGAGAAAGCCACAUUUAACACAGACAAGAAGAAAUGCUGGUAUGAGGUGUAUGUGCAGCCCUGCCUGGCUGAGCUGUUUGGGACGAGCCUCUUUGUGUUUGUGGGUUGUGCGUCUGUCAUCGGGAACGUGAGCAACGGUGUCGUCCAGCCGGCUUUGGCACAUGGACUGGCUCUGGGAGUGCUGAUUGCACUGUUUGGGCAAAUUAGUGGAGGCCACUUUAACCCUGCAGUGACGCUGAGUGUCUACCUGUGUGGAGGGAUGAAGCUGGCUCUGCUGGUGCCUUAUAUCGUUUCUCAGAUGGCUGGAGGGAUGAUUGGUGCUGGUUUGACUAAGGCCAUAUACUCCUCUACUGUAUAUGAUCUUUCCCUUGGAGGAGCCUUUAACGUAGCCGGUGAUCUCGGUAAAACCACGCUGGCUGAAGCAGUAAUGACUCUGAUGCUCACCAUGGCGGUUUGCAUGUCGGCCGUCAACAGCCAGACACGAACACCGAUGGCUCCGUUCUGCAUCGGCCUCACUGUGGCAGCCAACAUAUUUGCUGGAGGGAGAGUGUCUGGAGCCUGUAUGAACCCUGCCCGAGCCUUCGGUCCUGCAGUGGUUGCAAACCACUGGAACUAUCACUGGGUUUACUGGGUCGGACCCAUGUGUGGUGCGCUGCUCACUGCCAGCUUCAUCAGGUUGCUCCUCGGCGAUCGGAAAACUCGAGUGGUGCUGAAAUGAGAGCGCGAGAACAUCCCAGCUGACCUGACGACAGCUUUUCCAUCUGAAUGUUCCUGCAUCACUCAACAAUGAGACUGCAAUGUCCACAUUUCUCUGACAGACAUCCUUCUCAUUGGACUUCUCUUUGGAUCAGCUAUAAUUGUUACAUUCUUUUGUAUUCAUAGUUUGGGGUAAAGUCCUGAACGGAAAAUCACACCUAAAUAGUUUUAUUACAUCAACUAUGGUACAAGGAUAGGGUGCUAUGCGAGACAGUAAAGCCAGAUUAGAAUCAUAAAGCGGUGCCUUUGAUCAAAUUAAACAGGGCUCUGCUUGCUGCUUUCGUUAAAGUGACAGUCUUCCAAGAACAGCCAAAACGUGCACAUACGUGUUGAAAAAAGAUGUUGAUUGUUAUGAAGAUGGAACCCUCAGCCUUGUAAGUUGCUUUUGCCCAACAUUUUCUACAUUAAAGAUGUGUUAUAACAAACAGACAGGCCUGGAUAGAAUCAUGCAACUACAGGAACAACAUGCAAAACAUGUUGCCUUAUUGAACAUCAGGAAGUAUUUAGAUGGUAUACUCAUGUAAAAGCAGUGAUAUAAAACACCCCAUUCCAAGUUAAAAUACUAUCCUAAGUAUAAAAAUACAAUUACACCUUAUGCAGAAAAAUGUGUUGUAUGAUAUAUAUUGUAUAUAAGCUUAUCAUUAUUGAUGAUUAAUCAAAUCUAGGGCCUUUAAUUGAGUGAUACUAACAUAUUUUUCCAUUAAAGAAAACUGACUGUAGAAUGAGAGUC